AUGUCUACGUUUUCGCCGAUCCCUGAGAGCGUGGCCUCCCAGGACAGCGUUUCGUCUGCUGAUGAGAUCGACAACGUUCCUGGUGUUGAGGACAUUUUUUCGCAGCUGCGCGAGGCCACAGGAGCAGCCAGUAAGCCUGCUUUGGAGGACUCUUUUGAAGAUAUACAGAAGGUGGCGAGUAGACUGCCGAAGCUGUCUUCUGGCGAGCUGCUGAGCGCACAGAAGCAAAGACGCAUUGCGAAGGUGGACGAUCCGAUCGAAGUUGCGCUGCCGAAAGAGCAAAAAGCGGCCAAAAGUGCCUCGGAACGCUGGUUUGAGCUGCCCAAGGUGGAACUCACAGACAAGCUCAAGAGAGACCUGAUAAUACUGAAGAACCGAGCGUCAAUCGACCCGAAGCGAUUUUACAAGAAAGACAAGUGGGAGAUCCCGGAGCGGUUCCAGGUGGGGACACUCGUUGGCGGGCCUACAGACUUCCAUAACAGAAUACACAGGAAGAGCCGCGGGACCGGGUUUGUUGAUGAGUUGUUGAAGGAUGAGCAGACGAGCGGAUGGUUGAAGAAGCGGUUUGAGGAGGUGCAAGUUAAGAAAGGAGGGCGCAAGGUGCGCAAACCAAAGAAGCGGAGCAGGCUGUAG